AUGUCGCAGCUCGGAACCCUCGCGCGCCCCUCCCCGGGGCCGCCCCUUCCCCGCCCCUCUUCCCCGCAAAUCCUGACCCGGCCCGUUCCUCCGGGCGGCGCGCGCCAGGGCGCGCCGGGGACGGAAGUGGGUGGAAGCAGCGGCCGCGCGGCGCCUUUGUUACUGCUCCGGGACCCCCGCGGGCAGCCCGCGGCGCCCGGUGGCAGCGGCCCGCGGACCCGCCGCCCCCUCCCUGCGGGCGGCUCCCAGAAUCGCCGCUUCCCGCCGGAUGGCGGCUCGGCACCCCGAUCUUCUCAGCAGCGCCAAGGCCACUCCCCGCCUCUUUUCCACAGAGCGAGGAUCGAGUCCCCCCUCUCGGAUGAUUCACUUCGCUCCUUACCUGGAGACUCGCACAAGUCCCCUCCCCUUUGCUGUCCCGAAAAGCGACCAGGAGCUGGCGCCCUCUGCCGGGCCACCAGGAGGAAGCACCCUGGGGACGGGGGCCGAGCCCGAGGGGAGUAUGCUGGGCUAGACUACCGGGCGGAGGGGACCAGAGCUGUCCCCACGCCCCGAGACACGAACGCGCGCCCAGAGCCGCCCCCGUCGCCCGCCAGCCGGUCCAGCCCCGUCCCCGGAGGUGUCCCGAGGAAACCGCGAUGA